GCAAGAAUCAAGUUCGUUAUCAUUGGUUAUUUAAUGUUAUCAUAAACUCACAUUUAUUAAUAUCUGCAAGAAGAUUCUACAGUGUAAUAAUGGAAAAAUAUAAGUUGUUGAAAAAUGGCAUUUUUUGUUUAAAUAAAAAAGAAAAUAUGACCUCUUCCAACUGUGUUGAGUUUGUUAAAAAAAUAAUUAUGAGGGAUCUUGGAUGGAAUAAGAGGUUUAAAAUUAAAGUUGGGCAUGGAGGGACAUUAGAUUAUGAUGCUUCAGGAGUUCUUGUUAUUGGAAUUAAUCAUGGCUGUAAGAUUUUAACCCACUUUCUCCAUGGAAAUAAAAGCUAUUUAGUGUCCGGAAAAUUUGGUGAAGCUACAGACACUUACAAUAAAUUAGGAAAAGUUAUCCAUAGCUCUCCUUAUGACCAUAUAAUAAAAGAUACAUUUUUAUGUGUACUGCCUAAUUUUGAAGGCAAUAUAAUGCAAAUCCCUCCACCUUAUUGUGCUCUUAAAAUAAAUGGGAAAAGGAUGUCAGACCUAAUAAGAGAGGGUAAAACUGUACAUCUUUCUGCUAGACCAGUUUACUGCAGUGAUAUUCAAUGUAUAUCAUUUGAUCUUCCUCACUUUACAUUGCUCAUAUCUUGUGGUGCUGGCUUUUAUGUUCGAAGUUUAGUGCAUGAUUUAGGCAUAGCUCUAAACAGUCACGCUCAUGUGACCAAAUUGUGUCGAAUCAAACAAGGAUCAUUUAUAUUAGAAGAUUGUUUACCAAUGGAACAUCUCAAUUUAGAACAAAUUUUGCAUGGAUGUUAUCAAGCUCAAAGCAAAUGUUCAGCUAAUGAUGCUUUCGGAAAACCAUUUAGAAAUUAAAAAUUAAAUUAGUGCAACCUGAGUGAAAAGAAGUUAUCUUGACUUAAAAGGAAUGAGAUAGCCUUAACCACUGUAAUGUUAAAGUUGACUUCUAUCUUGUGUUUAAAUGAUUGUCCGAAAUGGAAGCUACAGAGACUUAUGACUAUAAAAUUUUAAAAAUCUUACAGCUGUCACUCAAGUAUAUGGGCCGACUCCUUGAAUGUUGAGAUUUUUUUGUGUAACCACCUUUUCUAUGGAACUACAAACUUAAUAGUGUAAGAAUUUUGUUUUACUGGAUGAUAUAUAUGCAAGGUUCAGUUAUAAACCAUAUAAUUUUGCUAAAUAAAUUAGAAAAAUGAUAAGUACCUGUUGUACCUG